AUGUAAUCAUAUGGUUUGAUAUUCAAAAGAACCUUCUGGUCCAGUCAAUUUUCUUUAGACUUUCAAAAGAAAAUUGCCUAUCUUAUUAGUGAAUAGAUGUAUUGCGAUGGUGAAAUAGUUUUUAAAUAAAACUUAUGCAGUUUGAAUGGAAAUAACGACGAUGAUUGUCUCUAUUGCGUUAGCAUAGGACAUAUUCAAUUGUUUCUAUAAUUCGAAGAAUAAGAUAUGAGUUUUUAUGAGGCAGAGUAAGAUUCAAUGUUUGGAGAAUUAGGAUUCUUAACAGGGAAUUCAAGAACCCUGUCAGCUAAAAGCACAUCGAUUUCAUAAUUGUAUAAACUUAAAAGAAUGGAAUUUAUUUAGUUAUUAUAGUAGUUCCCAUUAGACUUUCAAUACUUCUGCUAACUCAGAGAUUAAAUCUUAUUCGGAUAGUACAAUUUGAUCAAUCUCAGUUGUUUCUGCUGUUAAUCGAGUAGUCACCUAGCUAACGAUUGUCCAAAAUCGCAUUACUAUCCUAAUAAGAUAUUCUUAAUUAGCAGAAUCAUGAAAAAUCAACAGGAAAGAUAACCAUUCAAAAGAAACAAUGUUCGAAAAGAUAAUCUAAAUUUAAGAAAGAUUUAGAGGGCUUAAGAAUAAGUCAAAUAAGAUUUGUCAUUUGUAUAUGAUCAGGAGGAAAUUGAAUAACUCAGCAAAUCCUUUAGUGUUGAUUUCAUGCAAGAUACACAAAGUCAGAUCAGUGAAUAAGAUAUCAAUCAUGAAUUCGACAUUAUUAGAACAAAAGAAGAAGCAAGCACUCAUAGAAAUAGACACAAAAUGUUCCUUCAAGAAUUACUAUCCAAAAUACAAUGCGGAAUAUAUCAUCUAGCAUUUUAAAAAAGAUAGAAGAUUCACUAGAGCAUUUACUAGAUUUAUUUGAUUAAAAUAUUAUUACAAAAUAUGUUUUGCCGCUAACUCACAAGGAGAUUAUUUACCAAAUCAAGGGAACCCAUUGAACCACCUUAUCUUGAAUUACAAAGGGAUUUCCUCGAACCUGCUGAGUUUUACUAAGAAUUGUCAAAACAUGGAGUUUCAUUUUAUGCAGGAGUUCCUGAUUCUUUAUUAAAAGACUUCUGUGCUUAUGUCUAAGACAAUGCUCCACCAGGAUAACACAUAAUUACUGCAAAUGAAGGUACUGCAGUCUCCAUGGCUGCUGGAUAUUAUUUGGCUACUAAAAAGAUUCCCUGUGUGUAUUUACAAAAUAGUGGUUUGGGGAAUAUUGUGAAUCCUUACAUGUCAUUAGCUCAUCCAAAAGUUUAUGGAAUUCCUAUGUUGUAUUUAAUUGGGUGGAGAGGAGAGCCAGGGAAAAAGGAUGAGCCCCAACAUUUAGUCUAAGGCAAGAGAAUGAAUGGUAUUCUUACUGAAAUGGGAAUGCAAUACGAUGUAUUACCAGAUUAUAUUGAAGGAGCUGCCGAGGUUCUUGAUACAGCCUUCUAUUCUAUGAAAACUAGAAAUGGACCUUAUGCUUUACUUGUUAAGAGAUAAUGCUUUACCAAUUAUAAGUUGAAGAAUGUGGCCAAAAAUAAUUAUCAAUUAACUAGGGAAGAAGCUUUAACCGAAGUUAUUUAAAAUAGUCGUCCCCUUGAUGUUUGUGUUAGUACAACAGGGUUUCUAAGUAGGGAACUCUUUGAAUUAAGACAACGUCUCAAUUAAACAGGAGAAUAGGACUUUCUAACAGUAGGAUCAAUGGGACAUGCAUCAAGUAUUGCUCUAGGAAUUGCAUAAGUCAAGAAGAGUAGACAAGUUUUUUGUUUAGAUGGAGAUGGAGCCAUGUUAAUGCAUCUGGGUGCAAUGGCUCAAAUAGGUAAUAUAGGUCCAAAAAAUUAUAAACACAUUCUAUUCAACAAUCAAGCUCAUGAUUCCGUUGGUGCUUAACCUACGAGUAAUCCUUAGGUUAAUUUUACUCAAAUUGCACUUGGAUGUGGGUAUAAGGAUGCUUUCCAAGUUGAAACGAAAGAAGAAAUUACCAAAGGGAUGGAGAGAUUAAAUCGAACUGAUGGUCCCAUUCUUAUGGAGAUCUUGAUCAAACCAGGAGUCAGAAAAGACUUAGGGAGACCAACAACAACAACAUUUGAAAACAAAGAGAAGUUUAUGCACUUCUUGACAUAUUGAUUUAUUCUAUAAAAUCUGAGUUAUAUUUUCUUAUUUUUAUAUA